UUCUGCAUCUCUCCUCACUCCUCUGAUACACACCUCCAUCGUCAUGACCGCGUUGUUCUCCAUGCGCAGCUCCCAGGGCGGCGGCAGCGGCUACGGUGGCAUCGGCAUGGGCCAAUCAUCCAUGGGCGGACGCAUGAGCUCCUUCAGCAUCUCGGGAGGAGCAGGAGGUUCUGGUGUUCGGGUCUCCCGGGCUAGCUCGAACUUCUCUGCAGCUGGUGGUGGCUACGGCUACGGUGGUGGAGCUGGCGGUGGCAGUGGAGCUUUCGGUGGUGGUGGUGGUGGAGCUUUCGGUGGUGGUGGUGGUGGAGCUUUCGGCGGUGGUGGUGGAGCUUUCGGCGGUGGUGGUGGAGCUUUCGGCGGCGGUGGAGCUUUCGCUUUCGCUUUUGGUGGCGGUGGCGGUGGUGGUGGCGGUGGAGAUGCUAGCAUCAUGACCAACGAGAAGGGCACCAUGAAGAACCUCAAUGACCGCCUUGCCACAUACCUGGCAAAGGUGGCUGCACUGGAGAAGGCCAACGGAGAGCUAGAGCUGAAGAUCAGACAGUUUGUGGAGAGCAAGGUCGGCCCCAGCACCCACGACUACACUCCCUUCUACGACACCAUCGCAGAGCUGCAGGGCAAGAUCCAGGAAGCCAUCAAGGUCAAAGGCACGGUCCUGCUGAGCAUCGACAACGCCCAACUGGCUCAGGACGACUUCAGGGUCAAGUAUGAGAACGAGCUGGUGAUGCGUCAGUCUGUGGAGGCGGACAUCGCCGGGCUGAAGAUGGUGAAGGCUGAACUCGCUGCCGCCAUGACGGACCUGAGCAUGCAGCUGGACUCUCUGAAAGAUGAGCUGGUGUCCAUGAAGAAGAACCAUGAGGAGGACCUGAUGUCGAUGCGUGGCAAUAUGAGCGGUCAGGUGAACGUGGAGGUGGAUGCCGCUCCUCAGGCGGAUCUGAACAAAAUGCUGGAAGAUAUGCGAGAACACUACGAGGCCAUCACUGCCAAAACCAAACGUGACCUGGAGAGCUGGUUCGCUACCAAGUCAGAGGUUAUUGCCAAGGAGGAGGAGACCACAAAGAUGACCAUUCAGACCACCAGCACAGAGGUGAAGGAGACCAAGAGUUCUCUCCAGGCUCUGGAGAUCGAGCUGCAGGCUCAGUUGAGCAUGAAAGCCUCUCUUGAAGCGCAGCUGGCUGAAAUCCAGAACCGCUACUCCAUGCAGAUGGGCAUGUUCCAGAACCAGGUGAGCAGCAUGGAGAAUCAGCUGGUGCAGCUCCGGGCCGACCUGGAGAGGCAGGGACAGGAGUACCAGAUGCUGCUGGACAUCAAGACCCGCCUGGAGAUGGAGAUCGCCGAGUACAGGAGGCUGCUGGACGGAGAGGCCGCCGGGUCCGCCUCUCUCUCCAGCUCUCUCUCCAGCUCUCUCUCCAGCUCUCUCUCCAGCUCUCUCUCCUCCUCCUCCAUGACCACCACCGUCAUCACAAAGGUCCUUGAGGAGACAAUUGAGAACUGAGGAAAAGUUUCUCCUUCCUUUUCAUCAGCUGCAGCUCCAUCCUGACGACAAUCCGGCUUGUGUUCAUGUGAUGGAACAUCUUUACACUGCUUCCGCAAAUAAAACUUAAGAAAACUCACAA